UGUAACCACCAGUGGUCCAGCUCCAACAAACAUGAACGCCGAGCAAGUAUACCACUACGCUCACUACCGACGACGCUCAGAGAAUCCAUAUACAUGACUAAGAGGCUCGGCAUUAGGUAUCUUUGGAUCGAUGUCCUUCGCGUAAUCCAGGCAUCCGAACAGGAUUGGAUGAGCAACGCGUUAAAAAUGGACUAG